AGUUACCAUUUUUUUGCUCUAAAAAACAGAUUUCCCUAUUUUUUUUACAAAGGGCUUCACUGGAGGGAUCUUCAUAAAAAGAUUCAAGUUUUCUCUUGGUUUUUGGAAUUGUUGUAUUCUUUUUCCAUGCUCUCCCAUUUGAUGAACUCUUACCCUUAUCUUGUUUUUUAACUUUUCUUUCUCCUGCAAAAUGGAAUAUGCCUUAAACCCAAUUUUCACCGUAAUUUGUGGCAUUUUUUCAUCGAUUUUAGUUAUUCCAUCCGUUUCAUUUUAUUUGUCGUUUUAGGUCUAUGCACACAAAUUAAAAUAACAUUUAAUUUUUCAUAUUUUCAAAAUAAAAACAUCAUUACCUAUACACCUAACUAUAUUUCAACCAAGAGAAAAAUAAAAUAGAAAAUAUUGUUAUUAAGUUUUACACUGAAAACAUAAAACAACACUUAAAAUAAAACAAAAUUUUAACUAUAAAACAACAAAUAAUACAAACCUGAAGGAGUACUUCUUAUGUUCUUUUACAUAUUUUUAUUUGUUUUUUUUAUUUACUAUGUGCUUCCACAUUCGUUUUAAUUGAUCAACAAUUGUAGUUUACAACCAAAGCUCCACAUAGUUGUUAGCAUUAAAAUGAGAACGAAGAAACGUUGUUUACUCGUAUCUAGUUUACAACCAAAACAAGUCAGAAACUAUCGUUGCUCCCAGACUCAACCAAGUUUGGGACAAUUUACUAAGUUGCUAUGGACAUCUCUUGCUGAAAACCCGAACAGUUUCAGACUUCUUUUGCUCUAAAACAGAGAAAGCUCUGUUUUUCUUUUAAAUAUUAUUAGAACUACAAACUAAAUCAUCAGCAGCAUAAAAAAAAACCCUAAGAAUGGCCGUAAACAUGAGUUGCUAGAGAGUAACAGAGGUAGCCGAACUUCCAGACAUCGGUGUCGGAAUCCGACGGAUAAACUCGCGACCACCACAUGAGAGCCGACGACCCUGCACCCAAAGCUUCUCCAUCCAAGCAGAGACGACCAAGAGCUGACCCAAAGAAUCACCAGAUCCUCACUCUGAACCAGAUCCGGAGCCAUCCUAUCAAAAACGUCGUUCUUUCUCGAUUAACACCUUAGAUACCAGAAGAAAUAUGAGAUGGGGACGUUUUUAGCAUAAAAAGUGAAGGCUGCUACUUUGUCGCUAGGGUUGCACAUGACACUUUUUAUUUUUUCUAUAUUGAUGAAUAUGGGUGAGUAUUCAGAUAUUUGUUCGGGUUCGUGUAGGACAUUUUGAGUUUUUAGGUAUUUCGGUAUAGAGUUAUGUAAUAUGUUCGGCUAUUUUCAUAUUUUGGGUCGGGUUUUUUUUUGUAGUUCGAGUAGUUCGGUUCGAUUAUUUAAAGUUACAUGUUAAAAAAAUAAGGUAGUUUGGGAUGAACAUAACUCAUGAAUCAAGAUUAAAAAAAAUCUGAAUCUAAUAGUAAUGUGUACGUUGUAUGAUAAAAACAAUAUAAUAUUAAACAAACAACAACAAAAUAUGUUGUUAACCAAAGAGUAAGACAUCAAGUACUCAAAGAUGAAAAGCAGUAUUUCACCAAAGCAACCUUAGAAAAGAGUGUGUCAUUCAGUAAAAUUGAAAGGUGUAGAAAAUUUAAAAACAGAACCACUAAAUCUACGGUGAAGAGGGGGUUAGGUUUAGCGUGAACUAUAAAGAGGAAAUGAAGGAGUCGACACUAUUAGAGAUUUAUGGUUAAUAUAUAUUUUUGGAUAUUUCGGCUAUCCAUUCGUGUAUCGGGUAUUACCCAAUUGGGUUCGGGUAUUCAAUUUCUUCUAAUUUAAUAUUGUUCAGAUAUUUUAUAGAUCGGACCGGGUUUGACUUCGGAUUUUUCGGAUUGAGUUCAGGUUCAGCUUCGGGUAUUGGAUACUAUUGCUGAAUAUAUGAAUUCAACGAACCAUAACAUCUUUUACAUAUAUUAAAACUCGUAUCACUUUUGAUACAAUUCGGAUUAUUUAUAUAACAAAAGAAUAGUUUUUUUUUGCAACGAACGACUAUUCUAUUAUUCAAACUUGAUGUGGUUUGCCUAACUAGACUGGAAUAGAACAACCAACAAAACAAAGUUCUCUAUAGAAAAACUUCGAAGUCCUAGCUAACGAAUCCGAAAUCUGAUUUUGCGUUCGUGGAAUAUGAAUGAUCUUGAUGUAUGGGAAGCAUAUCUACAUAGUCUUUAUCCUCUCCAAUUAUGUAGCAAAACAAAAGAAUAGUUAUCAUAUAAAUAUAAUAAAUAAGAAAAAUACAAAAUUCGAACUUGACCCAGGUUUAACAAAAUCCUGGGUCCGCCACGGUGUAAUACUCUCCUAAUCCCAUUCUAAAAAGAUUCAUAAUCAUCUUCACAAGAAAGUAAAUUUAAUAUAAAUUUCGUUUACGCUUGAUAAAAAUAUAAAACGGUUUAGCGAAAUUGUCGUAAAAUCGCGUAACAAUAAGAUGCGCUGCAACUAAAUAUUGCAAGAAACAAGUAUAACAAAUUAGAGCUGACAUUGUUUUGUCUUAUUUCUUUUAACUUUAGUAGAUUAUUACAUGUCUGUAAUAUAAUAAAAGACGAUAUAUACGAUUAUGUUUUGAAAGAAAAAAAAUCUGUACGAUUGUAUUUUAAAUAAAUUGUUUAUAUUUUAAGAUUCAUAUUUAUCUCAAUAAGUUUUUCUUCCUUUUGUUUUUCAGCUUUGGAUCAAAGAAGUAAAUCCUAUAUAAGGAACCUCAUCCCCUAUUGUAUUGAAGUCUUCUAUCUUACAAACCCUAACACCUCAGAAAAACUUUCGUGAAUUCUUCUCUCAAAAUGUCGAUGCAAAUCCUUAUUAAGAUUUUUACAGGCAAGACCUUAACUCUUGAGGUCGAAAGCUCAGACACCACUUGCAAAGUCAAAGAAAAGAUACAAGAUAAGGAAGGAAUCCCUACAUACCAGCAGAUGCUUGUCUUUGGAGAAAAAACGCUUGAGGAUUGCCGUACCUUGGCUAUUUACAAUAUCCAAAAUAAUUCAACUCUCCACAUGAUUCUCAGGUUUAGAGGUAUGAGAAUCUUCGUAAGUAUUCUUGAAGGCAAUGCCAUAAUGCUUGAGGUCAAAAGCUCAGACACCAUUGACAACCUCAAGGCAAAGAUACAAGAUAAGGAAGGUAUCCCUAACUACCAGCAGAGGCUUAUUUUUGCCGGGAAAAGCCUUGAGGAUGACCGUACGUUGGCUAGUUACAAUAUCCAGAGAGAGUCAACUCUCCACUUGAUUCUCAAAUUUAGAGGUAUGCGAAUCUUCGUAAAAAUCUUGUACAAGACCAUAACCCUUGAGGUCGAAAGCUCAGACACCAUUGGCAACGUCAAGGCAAAGAUACAAGAUAAGGAAGGAAUUCCUAUCCAAUAUCAGAAAUUGCUCUUUUGCGGACGUGUUACGAAGGAUGACUGUACCGUGGCUGAUUACAAUAUCCAAAAAGAGAAUGCUCUUGUAAUGGUUUUCAAUCUGGGAGGAAUUAUGAAAAUCUUUGUUAAGACUCUUACAGGCAAAACCAUAGCCCUUGAGGUCGAAGGCUUCGACACAAUUGACAUGGUCAAGGCGAAGAUCCAAGAGAGAGAGGGAAUCCCUCCGCACCAGCAGAUCUUGUUCUUUAAAGGUAAACAGCUCAAGGAUGGCCGUUUGGUGGAGAACAACAUCUGGAAGGAGUCAGUCCUUCACGUCUAUCGUUUAAGUGGUGGAAUGCAAAUAUUUGUGAAAACACUCUCUGGUAAAGUCACUGCCUUAGAAGUUGGGCGCUCAGACACCAUUUACAGUUUAAAGACAAUGAUUCAAGACAAGGAAGGGAUCGCACCAGACCGCCAGAGACUCAUAUUUGCUGGUAGACAACUGGAGGAUGAUUACAGGCUUUCUGAUUAUAACAUCCAAAAGGAGUCAACACUUCACCUUGUGUUUUCAACAAAAUAGACUUUUAUCUAUUCGUUUUUUUUUCUUUGUUCUUAUAUUGGAUUUUUUUCUUUGUUUUUAUAUUGGAUUUUUCACAUAAAAGAGACUUUUUUUUUCACUGAUCUUAUGAUCACCUAAUUAAGAGUGAUUAAAACACAAGAUAGAAAAACCGGUGGUGAUGUUCAAGCGUGUUCUUCAAAGCCAGGCUCUUGCCUUCUAUGCUUUUACCCGUACUAGGAUUCGGACCCAAACUAUAUUAACUCUUGUUUAUAUUUUUUAUUAAAAAAAGUAGUACUAUAGUAUUCAGAACAAAAA